AUGGGGGGUUCACAGGACUGCGGUGGCUGCUUUGUGUCCCGCGCGCUGGGACUGGACUCGCGGGCAAACAGCCUAGCGCUGUUUGUCUCCGUGAACCUCUUUUACUUCCUCGUCUUCGCCAUGGGAAAGAGCAUGGUGUCGCUAUGCUGCUACUUGUGUCUUGCUCCAGUGAUGCUGGGGUUGCUGCUUAAGGCGCUGCACCUCACCCCCCUGGAGGAAGGGCCUUGGGAAAUUGUCAGUCGCUCCGGCAUCGAGUCUGCUGUGGGACGGCUGUACGACAGGACUAAUCAGUUCUUGGAGUUUUGUCGUGAUGUUUGCCUGUGGAGGAACGUCUUCUUCACCACCAAGGUCUGCUGCGCUCUGCUGACUCUCGGAUACGUGUCUUCCUUCCUGUCUUUCGCCAGCCUCUUUUUCGUUGCGACAUGGGGUUGGUUCCUGUACAGCAGCUGUUCUUCCUUGUUUCACGACACAAUAUAUCCAAUUGUUUCUCCAUACAUCAAGAUGGCCAACCAGACCUUCCAUGAACUCUUUCAGUCGAUUCCAAAGAUGGAAGCCAGUGACAAGAAGCUCUAG